UGCUAUACUGUAAUCAUAUGAUAGGGAGUCGAUCCCCGCUGCAGAAUACCGACACACCGGGCGGACACCAGCGGAGCAGCCAGGGCGGAUGAGACCUGUUGUUGGUAGAUUUUUUUUAAUUUAGUCGUUAAAGAAGUGCUUCGAGUCCGUUAAAGUUUCGCCUGAAGUGUCAAAAAGAGCCAAACUUCCUCCAUAAAGGAACUUUUUCAAACUCUGGAGAGAAUUGGACACAGGGGGGAACCGUUUGGAAGAAGAAAGGGCACACAGACGAAACGUUAACCGAAGGACAGUCGAUUUAACCAGAGCUGAGAUUUAAGUUACAGAGAGGCGGUCAGCGGGUCGCGGCCGGUGGAAACCCUUGGGGUCCUCGCAUCGCUUGUUGGGGCGUGUGUGUUUUUGUGGAUUUCCCCACAAGUUUCUCAACUAGUAUAGGUCACUUUACUGUAGAAGCUAAAGCCAUGGUCGGGGAGACAGAGGUGAAGGAGAGACCCAAGUCCAACCCGGACUACCUAAUGCAGCUGAUGAACGACAGGAAGGUGAUGAGCUCCCUGCCCAACUUCAGCGGCAUCUUCACGCAUCUGGAGCGGCUGCUGGAUGAAGAAAUCGGCAGGGUACGCAAGGACAUGUACAACGACACGGUGAACGGUGGCAUGUUUAACGGGCGCGACGUGGAGGAGCUUCCUGAAGCUAUCGGUCCCGUGGCUCAGCUGCAGGAGAAGCUCUACGUGCCUGUCAAAGAGUACCCCGACUUUAACUUUGUAGGGAGGAUCCUGGGCCCACGGGGACUGACGGCCAAACAACUGGAGGCAGAGACCGGCUGCAAGAUUAUGGUGCGGGGAAAGGGCUCCAUGAGAGACAAGAAGAAGGAGGAGAUGAACAGAGGGAAGCCCAACUGGGAGCACCUCAGCGAGGACCUCCACGUCCUGAUCACAGUGGAGGACACACACAACCGGGCCAAGAUCAAACUCCAGCGGGCCAUCAACGAGGUCAAGAAACUUCUCGUACCAGCUGCUGAGGGGGAGGACAACCUGAAGAAAAUGCAGUUGAUGGAGCUGGCCAUUCUCAAUGGGACCUACAGAGACGCCAAUGUCAAGACGCCCACCGCCGGAUUCCCUCUAGGGACACCUCAGGCGCCUCGGAUCAUCACAGGCCCAACGCCCGUCCUGCCUCCAUCCAUGCGCAACCCCGCUCCCGUCAACACGCCGACCCUCAUGCCUCUGAUUCGUCAGAUCCAGAGCUCCGCCCUCAUGCAGGGAGGCAAUCCGCAUAUGGUGCAGCAAGGGCCCGAAUCUGGAAUCAUCUACACUCCCUACGAGUACCCAUACACACUCACACCCUCCAUAUUGGAAUACCCGAUUGACUCAACUGGAGUAUUAGGUAUGGCUUUCCCAACCAAAGGCUAAGCGAUAGCAACCCUUCCUAGCACACACAUGGACUGGCUUGCAGAGAAUCCCCCCCCACCCCCCACCCCCCCACAUACUUGUCCCACAGAGCAAACACUCAAAGUUUGCUCAUACUUUCGGAUGACAGAUUCCUCGACAGUCAUUCUGUAGUCAAGUGUCCAUUCCUGUUAAUUUCCUCUUUGUAUUAGCAGACUAGUGUUGUUGUGUGACAGCUAUUUAACUUUUUUUAAUAGUUCGGCUUCCGCUUGUAAUUUUAACACAUUUUAGUGAACCCAUAGAUAUUUUUAGCGCCGCUGUUUGUGAUUUAAUAUAUGAAGCUUAUUUUAAUCACAGAGCUAUAGAGUGACUUUGCUUACAGCUGAUGUUGAAUCUAAUAGUGAAGCUUAGUGAGAAAUUAGUGGUUUGGAUUAAUAUUUUCUUCAGAGAACAGAAGACCACAAAACAAGAAUUCUGACUCUUAGAAGUGAGAUGUUUUUACUUAUUUUCACCCUCAGCCUUGAACACUUUGUAAAUUCCUGGUUUCACUGAUGUUGGUGCCAUGGGUGGACUGUUUGAUGUCUUUCUGAUGAGUAACCUUCUGUGUUCUGUUUUGGCGAUGUCAAUGGCUGUUAGCAGGUGCCAUGACCACUAAGGUACGACGCCACGACAAGAGAAUCCAUCCUUACCAAAGGGUAGUGACCCCAGACAGAGGUUAGUUAGCUCACCAGCCACUUUAUGUGUAUGUGUAUGUGUGUGUGUUGGUGUGCGUGCAUGCAGACCAAUGGACCAAUUUCAGUUUACAUGUGUCUGUAAUACGGCAUGCCUAAAAAAAGAAAAGAGGCAGGUCACACGCUGAAGCAGUUUCAGUGUAAAAUGUGAUUGUUGCAGUGAAAUAAGUGAGCAGAUUGGGAGGGACCACAUGAGGGGUGACAGCUGCAGCGGUUAUCUUUACUCUCCUGGUAGAUAAACUGGACGGCUUGCAGGCCGGGACCCUCUCAAUUAGAAUGGAUCGCUCCAUUCAUGUGACUCAGUCCUUGUGACUGUGGAUUUGGAGUCCUCUCUCAGAAACCUUUUUGUUGUUGUUUUUAUCUCUUCACUACUACUUUUGACCAUACAAAUAACUGUGGGAAAUUUUAUUUAUACCCAACUUCAUUCCAGUAGAAUUCCACAAAUGUUUUCUUUUCUUUUUUUUAUUAUUAUUAAUUAAAUCCUGUGUUGUGCCCAAUGACUAUAUGACACUUAAAGUAACAGUGAUUGUCUUUUUUCUGAAGGUCAUUCAAUUCAAUAUGAUCUUUGGUCUUUACUACUAAAACACAGCGUGUGAUAACUACUGAAGUCUGUGUUACAAGCUCUUUUGUAUGAAAUACUGUUUGUGGUCUUAUCAGUCGCCCACUGGACUUUAUCAUUGGGGCUGUUUACAUCUUUCAUAUAUUUCCUAGCCAGAGUGGUGCUGUUACCAUGUAUUUAGCUGCAAAAUAAAUUUGUAUAUAGGGAUUUUAAGGAUUUAAGUGCUUAUAUGAAGCUUAUGGAACAAGAUCGCUUUGGAAAUACCUGUAGUAUUUUUCUUUUUUUUUUUAAAGUUUUUAUUAGUUUGUAAAUCUUUAUUUGUGUUUUUACGAUAUGCUUUUUAUAGAUGAAGUGUCUCCAUGUAAACUUCAAACUUUUAUUCAAGGUGUGUAGCUACUACUGUUUUAGUCACCAAGAAAGGUGGCAAUGAAGGCAGUGUUUUGCUCUGUCUAUUUAAGAUGAGGUGACCUUCUCGAUUCACAGGCCUCGUGACUGUUUUAUGCAAUAGAAAUGGACUAGCUAGCUACAAUAUAUGUGUGUGUGUGUGUGUGUGUGUGUGUGUGUGUGUGUGUGUGUGCGUGUGUUUGUGAGAGAGAGAGCGGUGGUGCUCUUGUUGUACACGAUGGACAAAAAACACUAAAAGGCAAUAAAGAUGACUAUUGAAAAAAA